CUAAUCUCUAUAGGAUAUGUAGGUUAACUUUUGUCGUUCUGUUUUCACUCUAUUUCCCAUAAAGGCUAGAGCAUGAUUUGUGUGCAAGUGCACGGACACUGUUACUAAAGCUCGCCGGACUCCACAACCCGCAGCCUUCUUCAUUUGUCUCGCGCCCUCCUUGAUAGGCGCCAAAAUCUGGUAAUUCUUACGAAGGGCAAUUAUAUUUUAGAUGUCUUCGCAGACACCUUCUCGAUCUGCGAGCGAGGCCGAUAGAGUUCUGAGAGAAAGGAGGCGGUCUCGGAACAAAGUUGCCUGCUACCCGUGCAAAAAACGCAAGGUCAAAUGCGACGCUGGACAACCAUGUGCAAUGUGCGUCAGGCGAGGUCAUCCUGCGAUAUGCAUGUAUCUUGAAAAUCAUACUGGAAGGUCUACGCCGGGAGAUGUCAUAGCGCCUAUCGAGCAGCCGCGACCCAAGACCAGACGCGAACCAAUCACAGACACCCAAUUCCUAGGCUCGGAGUCGACCACGGCAUACAUGCAGCGACUCGCCACGGAGAGAGGCGAUGAGGUAGCCCGUGACGUUUCCCCGGCACUAGCUCUAGGGAAUGUUGUGAGUUGGAAUCCUUUUCAGUGUUACAACGAACGGAACAAUGGAUUCUCGGAGCUCGAAACUAUUCUCCCUGAACGUGAAGACAUACAAAAAUACUAUCAGUCAUAUCGUUCGUUUGUGCAUCCGCUGAGCCCACUGAUGGACAUAGAACCCCUAGAGCUGAAGAUAGCAGAUCAUCUAGAGGGACGCGUUUCAUUCGUUAACGAUGUCAUUUCAGCGGCAACCAUCGCGCUCGUUCUUGCAGUACUUGCAUGCGGUGCGCAGUACUCCGACCUCAACUCAUCCGAACGAAGAAGCAAUUCACGAAAUCUUGCAUCAAAGAGCUUCCGCGCGCUCCAGCUAGCCAACUAUCUCGUCCGACCUACUGCGUCCUGCUUACAGACUUUGAUUCUUCUUGGCUUGUUCAUCCGCAACGACGGAGAUGCUGACGCCUCUUGGGCGCUACUUGGCACCACAAUGAGGCUAGCGCAAUCUGUUGGUCUUCACGAUGUUAAGACUAUGCGCAAUCUCUCUACUAGAGACAAGGAAAUGCGGUCGCAGCUCUGGAAAACAAUCUUACAGCAUGACAGCAUCCUUUCGCUUUGCUUUGACCGUCCAAUGUUCACUCCCACUCUGCCUCUAUCAAGCUUUCCCUCCUCAACACCGGCAGAGAGCUUGGACUAUUCGCAGAUGAUGUGGGAAAUUACACGACUCUGUGCCGACAACUUGACACACCGCAACCGCGAGGUCGAUUACAAUCGGUCGCAACAAUGCCUCAUACAUGUUGACAGUAUCUUCUCUCAGUCAUCACCACACUUACAAGAGAGGUCUGCGUGCCUUAGAAUGCAUGAUCGUCUCGAGCAUCAUACGAUCAACAUUCACAUAAACUUUAUGAUCUCAGUAAUAUGCAGGCCUGCCUUUCUAGGCUCAGAUCUCGACGAUUGUGACGACAAGACAGCGUUGGCCGAGAGGGGCAAAGCUGCGCUCACAAGUACGGUUAGUCAUUUCCUGUGUCUACAUAGACUCACUACGUACGCUGUAAGGACUUGGACAACUCUCCACGAAGCUUUGAGCUCUGCACUCUUGCUUGAGCUACUGCGUGAGCCAGACAAAAGCGCCGAAUUGACCGGUCUGCAAAAUGAGUUUCUGGAGGUAGUCAUCUCCAGUCUCGACAGUGGGUCUACUGUACAGACCGGCCUAUCCAAGCCACAUGCAAGAGCUAUCGCUGCUUUACGCAAAAUCGCUCAGAAGCGGGCUUCACCGAGCCUAGCUACGCCCAUCGCCAUCAAUUCUGCGACACAGCCAGUAUCUGGCUCAUCCAACGUAACCAAUCUGCCAGACUUCGACUCUUUCACCUUCGACGAGAGUACUUUGAGCACUUUUGACACGAUCCUGUGGGAUACCGAACCGGAUCUCGAUAGCCAGUUUUGGUUAGGCCUCAACAGCGACUUCACAGGGACCUAGCAUAAGAACCUUUCAGAGGCAAUCCAUCGUGUUGAUUGCUUUUCAUUUCAGGGUUUACUCAGCGUCCAAAGAUCUUGUUGUGAAUACUCGAGUGGUCUAGUAUUUGGCCAACCCUCUUUUCGGUCAGAUCCUCUACAGUCGUCUGCUUUGUACAGAUGCAGGCCUGAGGGGACAAAAGUCAACUCCAAACCUCUUCAGAGCGCCACACUGUCGAGAUAGACGGUACUAAGAAGCCUCUGACCACCAAAAGCAGCUUCUAGCGUUUUGUUUAGCAGAGGCUCGCAGUGCGUAAGAUAGGGUCAAUCCAACGCUAGAUGCAAUCACUGUAAGUGACCUUGCAGAGCAAGGCACGACAACACUGCUGCUGUGCAGGAAGUCACUCCACAAUU